AGAGGCACUCGGUCCACGUCCGGAUGCUCAAUCUCCCAUCCUUCAGGGUCACCCAGCGAUUUGCCAACGGCACCAUUCUAGACUUUUGCCAAGGAGCUACGAGAAUUCACAUCAUCGACUAUGGGAUCCACUAUGGCUGCCAGUGGCCCCAGCUCAUCCAGAGGCUCUCGCAGCGGCCAGAGGGACCGCCGGUGAUGAAGAUCACAGGGAUCGACUUUCCUCGCGUGGACGUCAAGGAGACAGAGAGAAACCUCGUGGAGUAUGCCAAGAGCUGUGGAAUCUUGCUCGAGUUUGAGGUGAUCACGAGCACGUCCUGGGAAUUGGUCCAGCCCAAGACUCACGUGAAUGACUUGCUCAUCGUCAACUGCAACCUCCGUAUCCGGCAUUUGCGAGAAGAUGGCAGCGUCGGCGACAAUCCGCGGAAGCUCUUCUUCGAGAAGGUCUACAGCCUCAAGCCGAACCUGUUCAUACAGUGCGUGUGGGAUGCCGGCUCCAACUUGAGCUCCCCUUUCUUCAUCCAACGUUUCGAGGGGGCUCUCGAGAGUUUCUUCACGAAGAUGGACCUGUUUCAGACUCUGCUGCAAGAGGACAUGCCGGAGGAGUAUGAUUUCAUAGGGAACAUCAUGGCAAAGACGAUCAUGAACAUGGUGGCUAUGGAGGGCGUUGAAAGGCUGGAGCGGCCAAAUUCUUACAGGAGCUGGGAUUCGAGGGCUAGAAGAGCUGGAUUUGAGCAGGAACCAGUUAGGCCGAAAGCGGUGGAGCUGGUUAAGGCAGCGUGGUGCAGCAGUAAGCCCAAUUGCAACUUCAAGAUGGGGAUGGAUGGAAACUGGUUGCUACUCGGAUGGAAAGAGAGGGUCCUCUAUGCGAUGAGCACCUGGAGGCCGCAGAACAAGCAAGCGGGCUAAACUGCGUGUAUCUUAACGCUGACUAGAGCAGCAUCAGGGAUUCUCUGAUGAAGAGUGAUCUAAAAUCCCUGGAAGAGUGGAGCUCGGCUCGGUGGAAGAAGACCGAGUCCAGUCCAGAUUCUCUUGAAAUGCAAACGGGAAUAUGUAAAAAUGAUUGGUCAGGUUAGUAAAUCGUAGUGUCAAACGCCUUUGAGGGAAAGGUACUGCUUGAUAGUGAACCCUGUCCAAAGAGUAUUCACUUUUUUCUAGUGCCAUACGAAGAGAAACGCAGUCAGACAGUGAAGUAUGAAAGUGAAAAAUAGUUCUAAGAAAUAAUUGCAUUUGGCUCACUCA